ACCUCAUGGAUCUAAUCGCCACCCAUUCCCACUCUCACCCUUCCUUCACGCGCCCUUAUCUCCACUUUUUCCUCCUUUAUACAUCACCACGCUCUCCAAAGCGCGUGACCCAACCUCUCUCUGAUAAAGAAUUUUUACCCUAGUAGUCAUCUUCUGAACUUCCAAUAGCCCCCCCCCCCUUUCCCUUCUUAAUAUCGAUCGAACCCCUCUCCAUCAUGCGCCAUCUCCGACUCUUAUUUUCCGAUUUUGUUGUAAUACGUCGUCGUUUUGUUGAUGCCCGAUUUUAGAUCUUCUUGAGAUAAAAAAGAUGGAUCCUAAUGAUAUUGUUGGCAAGGCGAAAGAGGAUGCUUCUCUUCCUAAAGCUACUAUGACCAAGAUUAUUAAGGAAAUGUUACCUCCAGAUGUACGUGUUGCAAGAGAUACUCAAGAUCUAUUGAUUGAAUGUUGUGUAGAGUUUAUCAAUCUUGUUUCGUCAGAGUCGAAUGAAGUGUGUGGCAGGGAUGAUAAGAAAACAAUUGCACCAGAGCAUGUACUUAAGGCGUUAGAGGUUCUUGGUUUUGGGGAAUACAUAGAAGACGUAUAUGCUGCAUACGAACAACACAAACUUGAAACACUGGACACUCCGAAAGGUGGAAAGUUGUCCUCAAAUGGAGCUUCUAUGACUGAAGAAGAAGCAUUAGCAGAACAACAGAGGAUGUUUGCAGAGGCACGUGCCAGAAUGAACGGUGUUGGAACCGCUUCCAAACCACCAGAAGCAGAUCCUAGUUUGGAAGCCGACUCUUAGUCUCUUAGGACCCGUCUUAGUUAAGCUUUAAAUAGGCAGUUAAGCUUCCUUAGCUCUUCUCUUUCUUUAUCCUAUGUACAAAGUCCCACCCGAUCUAGUUUUUUAAUUUACCAGUUUGAAUGUUAGUUUAACCCUCCCUCCGCAACUCCUAAUUUGUCUAUAUGUUUGCUGUAAUUAGUAUGAUUGUAGCAGAAUAUGUUGGUAGAUUUUUUCAUUUCUAGAAAUAUUGAUAGGGAAUGAAAUGGAAGGGUAGUUGCCUUAAACUUUUGUUA